AUGGAAGAUCCAUUGAAUGAACGCACCGAAAAAAAACGAACUCCGACGCAAUCGGUGGAGUCAUUAACUGAGAUAAAACAGGAACCUCUCGACGAGGGCAUCGCGGAACCCAAGGUAGAAUUUCUCCAACUGGUAAGCUCUUGGGAUUGCAUCGACCCAUUAAAGGAUGAAAUGGAAAUCGGCGAAACAGGCCUAACAGUUCAGGAUCCGUUUUACAUGAUACAAGAACAUGUUAUGAAAACUGAACCAAUGACAGAAGAGACUGAAGAAAUUGAGGACUAUGGCGAUUUCGUGCAUUCAAGCACAAAAUGCAAAAAAUCCAAUGAUGAAAUUAAAUCGGAAGGUGAUUUGGACGUAGUGAAAAGCCCACUUCAGCCUGAAUAUUCUAGCGAUGAAAUGCUUUACUGUUCUAACGUGGAAUCAUGGGCUUGGCAGGACAUGGGUGAACAAAACGUUAACAAAAACAUUCCACUAGUUUAUUCAUCAUCCAAGGUCGGGGAUGGGGGCUCUGGGGGCCCUUCCAGAGUUAACAAUUAUGUUGCGGAUCACGAUUGCAUUCCAGCUUCAGGGUUUUCUUUGACUGUUGCGAAACCAAAGUCUCGGCUGUCGUACUUCAGUGGUCAUAUCGCACCACCGCAACAGCCCAGGGCCACGACCGUUUUUUUGUCCAGUGCUGUUCAACGCUCAGAGGAAUUACCUGUAGCUAGAAAUAUCGAAAUCUUAGAGUUUAAGCCAUUCAUCGAGACUGAGUCAUUUACAGAAAUUACAUCAGUCACAUCCAAGGAAGAGUUGGAUAAGCUGGAGGAAUUUCUCAGCAUUGAGAGCAACUUGCAGAGUAUGGUAAAAUGCAUAAGCAGCUUACUGACUACGGACGACGCAGCAAAUCGUUUCUGCGAAGCUCUUUAUAUUGCAGUUAAUGAUAAGUUUUUGAUCCAGUGUAGUUGGGGGGGUAGUGGCAAGGAUGGACCAAAGAUAGCUUUUAAUCGAUACGUAAAUUUGCAUAACUUUUUACGAAUUGUGGCAGAUGAAGGUAUAAACAGUCUGGAAUGGGCUGACUAUGAGAAGAUUUUAAGAUCUAAGCUGAAGCACGCUAAAAAUAGAUUACGCUUCAAAGAUAUGAGAAAAUCCUUCUGUAAAUUUAAACGGAAAUCCCAGUCAAUUGACCCAUUCUUCGAUACUGUGUCGCCUACGGAAAUUAUACCAGUCACGUCAAAGGAGGAGUUGGAUAGGCUGGAAGAAUAUCUCAACACUGAUAGCAAUAUACAGAGCAUGGUGGAACAGAAUGGUGUCCACAACUUGGAAAAGAAAGAGUUUGAGCAGAUAUUACGCUUGAAAAAUAUCACGCACAGUGUUUGUAGACAUAAACAUUCAAAUUCAAACAGUAUAUACCGCCACCGAGUAAUGAAUGCUUCAUCGACUAUGGAAAUUUCGCCGGUUAAAUCCAAGGAAGAACUGGAUAAGCUGGAAGAAUUUCUUAGCACUGAGAGUAAUAUGCAAAAUAUGGCAAAACACUUAAACAGUUUAGUUACAGCGCAUGACGCUGCAAUGCGUUUCUGUGGAGCUCUUUUUAUACUAGUUUGUGAUACGUUUUUAACCCAGUGCAGCUGGAUGGGUGGUGGUAAAAACGGGCCAAAGAUAGCUAUGCGACGAUACAUAAAGUUACAAAGCCUUCUUCGGCUUGUGGCAGAAGACAGUGUGAACAGUCUGGAAGGAAAGGAUUAUGAGAGAAUAUUGCGAUCAAAAAUUAAGAAUGCAAAGUGCAGAUUACGCAACAAAAAUAUCAGAAAACGCUUUUGUAAGUUUAAAAACCUCACCGUAAAUAUGAAAAGCACCGACGAAAGCAACUCACGGAACACAGUAAUCGAGACUGGGACAGUGAUAGAAAUAUCCCCAGUCAAAUCCAAGGAGGAGUUGGAUAAACUGGAGGAUUUUCUUAGUACUGAGAGCAACAUGCAGUAUAUGGUAAGACGCUUAAGCAGCUUACUGACUGCGGACGACGCAGCAAAUCGUUUCUGCGAAGCUCUUUAUAUUGUUGUAAGUGACAUGUUCUUGAUCCAGUGCAGUUGGCGAGGAGGUGGCCAAGGCGGGCCAAAGAUAGCUUUUAAUCGAUACGUCAAAUUGCAAAAUUUGCUACGAAUUGUGGCAGGUGAUAGUAUGAACAAUCUGGAAAUGGUUGACUGCGAGAAGAUUUUAAGAACUAGGCUGAAGCACGCCAAAAAUACAUUGCGAUUUAAAGAUAUGAGGAAACGGAUUUGUAGGUUUAAAAAGCGCGUUACCAACAGCUCAAAUAUCCACGGUGCUCAUUCCAUUGACCCAGUCUUCGAUUCUGGAUCGUCUACGGAAAUUACAUCAAUCAAAUCCAAGGAAGAGUUGGAUAAGCUGGAGGAAUUUCUCAGCAUUGAGAGCAACUUGCAGAGUAUGGUCAAAUGCAUAAGCAACUUACUGACUACGGACGAAGCAGCAAAGCGUUUCUGCGAAGCUCUUUAUAUUGCAGUUAAUGAUAAGUUUUUGAUCCAGUGUAGUUGGGGGGGUAGUGGCAAGGAUGGACCAAAGAUAGCUUUUAAUCGAUACGUAAAUUUGCAUAACUUUUUACGAAUCGUUGCAGACAAAGGCCUCAACAGCUUAGAAUGGGCUGACUAUGAGAAGAUUUUAAGAUCUAAGCUGAAGCACGCUAAAAAUAGAUUACGCUUCAAAGAUAUGAGAAGAAGCAAUUGUAGGUUUAAAAAGCGCGAUACAAACAGAUCAAAUAUUCACGAAAGCCUCUCCAGUAACCCUGUGUUGAACUCUGUGUCAACUUCAAACAUUUCACCAGAGACUAAAUCAACUACGGAAAUUUCACCGGAAGAUGGAUCGACUAUGGCAAUUUCAACAGUCAAAUCAAAGCAGGAGUUGGAUUGGUUGGAGGAAUUCCUCAACACUGACAACAAUAUGCAGAACAUGGCGAAACGCUUGAACAAGUUAAUGUGUGCACAGGGCGCUGUAAGCCGUUUUAGCGAAGCUCUUCAUAUUGUAGUUAGCAAUGAUCUUUUAGCCCAAUGCAGUUGGUUGGUUGAAGGUAAAUGCAGAACAAGGAUAGGUCUUCAAAAGUACGUAAAUUUGCAAGAUCUGCUACGACUUUUAGCAGAGGACAGUGUGCACACCCUGAGAAAAGCGGAGUUUGAAAAGAUGUUUAAAAUGAACAUAUCUGAUGCUAAACGCACUAAACGCUUCAAACAGAGCUGA